AUGGACAAGUAUGCUCUGAAAGGCAGCAACUCCACUCAUCCUGCCGAAGAACUAAUUCUUAUAGAAGGAAGGUGCAAUAUGGAGGUUGAAGCGGAAGAACAGCCUAAGGUGCAUCAUCGCAAGAUGGGCCCGAAAGGAUCAAGACAUCAAGAUCAAGAUGUUCAAGACGAAGCAAUGGUUGACGUAUUCGGUAUACUUGGGUAA